AUGGUCGGUGCGAUGCAACGCCAGGAGGAUCAAAUAGCAAAGCUGCAACAGUUGGUGGCACAGCAAGCGUCGGCUCAAGCGGAGGUUGAGCGGUCUGAGCCUCCGGUGGUUGCGCCCGUAGUGACGGAGGGUGUGGCCACGGCGACCGUGCCGAUUGCGGCAAGGACUGUACCGACAACAGUAGCCACCGGUUCGGGGACUACAAACCCCGACGGUGCGGCGUUGGAGGCGGAAAGGGAGCGCGCACUUGCGGCUCUUAUGAUGUUUCGAAAAUUUGAUCCGCCAACGUUCGACGGGGAGAAAGUCGAACCGUGGAUGGUCGAGUCAUGGAUCGACUCAAUGGAAACCCUUUUCGAAGACCUUUAUACCUUGGAAAGGGAUAAGGUGCACCUCGCCACUCGAUGCUUGGUGCGGACGACGAAGGUGUGGUGGAAGAGAAUCAAGAGGGAUAGGUCUCCCGACCUUCCGCCGUUAUCGUGGGAAAAGUUUAGGAGUUUGGUGUACACCACCUACUUCCCCGAUAACGAGAAGAAGAAACUUCAGGAGCAGUUCCGGAAGCUAGAGCAAGGAAAUCGCUCUAUUGGAGAGUAUGAGCGGGAGUUCUCACAUAUCAUCGACUGCGUCCCGGACGUGGUAUGGGAUGUCAAGGACCGGGCGGAUUGGUUCGAACGAGGACUCCGGCAGGAUAUCUAUCGGGCGGUUCAUAUAUUGAAGCUUACCACCUAUGCGGAAGUGCUUGAUCGAGCGUUGUGGGCGGAGCAUGGCAACGCUCACAUCCGCGAGAAGCAGGAGGCGUCUGAGAAAGAAGGAGGGAAGAAGCGAGCUUAG